AUGACGACCUCUGAACAGACUGGCAUGGGGAUGGGCAUGGAUGCUCUCUCUGCAGCCAAGAACGAGCACCUGAAUAUUGGCGGACAGCUGGCUGCGUGGAACUUGAGGGCAGCUGCAGCUUGCAACUUGAUCAUGUCGUUUUUGUGGGAUGGGAACGAGUGGGUGCUUGCUCCCGUUCUCUCGGAGUCUCAGAAUUUUGGAUCUCGUCGUAGGGGGACAGCAGCGGCAGGAGGCGCGCUCGGAGAGGUUGAUAAGCUGGAUGCAAAGAGGGCAUAUGGAGAGGAGGUCAUGGCAGAUGCCAUUUCUGUGUUUCUGCAUGCCUUCCACCCGGUGAAACUGGGAGACACUGACUGGCUGGACGAUGCAGCAACAGUGAUGUUCCAGAAUUCCUCCACUGAGCUUCAGCGCUAUGUCGUGCGUGUCCUGCGCUUCCUCCUGGGAUCACAUGCCAACGCGCUUAGCCACUUCCACACCGCCAACGUCGCGCCUGCUCUCUUCUCCCGCCCUUUCUUCUUCUUCGACUCCGUUCUGCUCUCGGAAGAAAGCACAGCUCGCACAGCAAGUGGGGCUGCUGUUGCAGGAGAUAGUGAAGCAAGUGGCGUGGAUGUGGGGGGAACAGCACAUGAAGGCAUGGCUGGAAAGCCUCCUCUCUCCAUCCCGAUUCCAUCUCCGGGACCCAUUCUCCGCAAUUCCUCUGGUCUCAGAAAUGAGUUCGGCUCUCCCAGCAUUACAACCCCACACAACCCAGCUGCAUGGCUGGACCCUCCCAAGAUGUCCACUGCUUCACCCCAAGUCCCUGCAUGGACCCCUUCCUCCAUUGCUGCUGCGCGAGGCAGUCCUGCUCUUUCCACCCCAAAACUCCAGGGCUUAGGCAGUCAGGAGGAAAGUACAGGUUGGCGAGAUUGGCAGAACGCACAGUCAUCAAGGGCACAAGCUGGGGGGGGAACACCGGUGAAGAGCAUGGGGUCGGGGGAAAGCCAAGUGAACACGCUGCAACCUUCAGGCGCUGGCAAAAGAGAAUCCAAAGAUUUGGAUGCAAACGAGGAGUAUGUUGCUCUUUCAAUCGAUCGCAACGCUGAGGAUCUCAGGAGCAGCAUUCUCGCACUCGUUGAGCUCUCUGCCUCACUGGACUGGCAAGAGGACCUCCAGCAAGAAUUCCAUGCUGUUCUUCAUGCCCUGCUCAGCUGCUGCCGAGUACCAUCCGAAUCCCAGCUGCUGUCUCAAGCCUUGCAGCGCAUGCUCCAGGUUGGAGACCGAAUCGUGCCCUGCCUUCUCUCCACGGCGUGCGGUGACCACAUUGGGGAGGUCAUUGAACGGCAGCAGGCUGCUUACCUCCUCAUGGAUGCUCAAGGCUUCUUUCUUGAGCCCAUGCAUGCUGGUUCAGAAGUAGCUGACGGUGCCGCUGAUGUUGCUGACACUGCUGCUGGUGUCACUGCAGCAGGUGAAACUGGAUCAGUGGUGUCUCGGUCAGGUCGUCUGGUUCUUGAGGUUGAAUCGCUGAGAGAGGAGUGGCAGGAGGCGAGGGAGGUGGUGCUGAAGCUUCUGGAGUCGUAUCUGGAGUGCUCGCCCUCUUUGCUGGCUCAGGCUGCCACCAGCCCACAGACGUUCAUGCCCUUGCUAUGGCUGCUGCGGGAAAAGAACUUGCGACCCUUGGUUCUUCAGCUCCUUUCCCUGCUCAUGAAUGCCCCGGUGUCUGACCCAUCGGUUAAGUCAACUCUGUUCAAGCGGUUCUUUGAGGCCAUGACUGUGGCACGCAGUGGCAAGAAAUUAGGGGACGCGGGCGGAGGAGGAGGAGACGGGCGUGGGGUGGGGAGAGGUGGAGCUGCGGCUGGUGGCACAGGGCUCAGUGGGGAAGAUGCAGCGGAACAGCUACAGGCGAUGCUGGCAGUGGUGCAGGAGGUGGUGAAGGAGGAUGAGAGCUCAGUAAACCAGAACCUCUGUGUGAACGUGGACGCCUUUCCUCGCCUCAUUGGCCUGUUACGGGCUGUGCUGGUCAAGCAUGUUGGGCCAGGCUUCCGUUCCCUUGCGCUGUACCUGCCCUCUCAUUUCGAUGGAGCCUGCCCGCCGGUGCUGCUGAGUGCGGUCAUGGACAUGGCCAUGGACUGCCUGGCCGGGGAUCAGGCCCAGGGCAGCAUCCACUCACCCAAUGCCGUCAUCCUCUGGCUCCGCUUGCUGCACAAGGCCGACCCGCAGCAGAUAGUUUCUGGUCUCCAGUCAUUGCACAACCUGCUUGACCGCUCUGCUGGCAACUGUGCUGCCUGCUCCCGUGCUGGCCUCAUGUUUGACCUCCUAGAGUGGCUGGGAGAGCUGGAAGGGGAGCAUCUGGACGGCACUGAACCCAAGGAACGCGUCCUCUGGGGAAAAGUUCGGGAGAGUUAUAGGAAGCGCGUGGAUGAGACAGGGGAGCGUGGGGCGGAGAAAAUGGAUAUGGUUGGCACUGGAGGUGGUAAGAAUGAGGGGGAAAGCAGAGGGCGCAUGGUGAAGCUGACCCGAGAGAAUGUGGAGGCGAUACUUGCUCUGCUGUCGAAGCUGAUAGCGAAGCUGGGGCAGCACAGCAUCAACGGUAAGGAGAUUGCUGCGAUCUUCAAGCUGAUGAGGAGCACCGCCGAUGGAUGCCGUCCCAAGAGGGUGUCGUUGCUGCUUCGCACACUCGUGGGCGUGCUAAGCCAUGAUGGCCCGGCUUCUUACUUCGAGAUGGACGGGUCUGAGUCGGGUCUUGAGAUCCCCACUGACUUCCGCUUCCCCUGCACCAAGGGUUACACCUUUUGCUGCUGGGUGCGCUGUGAAUAUUUUCCAAACUACGAUGCAGCCAGCAUCGCCGGCAUCGCGAGCAGUGGCGGUGACAACAACAUCAGCACGGCGCGGGGCAGCAGCCUCAGAAAGAAGGGGCCGGAAAUCAGCUCAGAACCCAAGGAGCCAAGCAUGAGAUCGAUCACACGCAGGGGACAUUGGUUGGGCGAGUCCCUGAGUGUUAGUGUCCGAGACGACAGCCCCAUGACGCUCUUCAGCUUCUACACGGACCAAGGCAACGGCUGCAGUGGCUUCCUCACCAAGGAUUCCCUCCUUAUCCAUGUGGCUGGAUCACGGGACGUGAUAGUGGAGGUGCCUCACAGCAUGGCCCUGCGCCACUGGCAUCACAUCGCCAUCUCCCACUCCACCGCAACCUUUUCCUCCGCUAGCAUGCUCCGAGUCUACAUAGACGGCGUUCUGGUAGGCAAGGCCAAGUGCAGCUAUCCGCGCCUGCAGGACCCUCUGAUUCGCGCUACCAUAGGAGCUUCUGCGCCUCUGCCCCAGUCGGACUCUCGCUCCUCUAACUUGUUCCAGACCUCGCAUCCUUUUCAGGGUCAGAUUGGGCCGAUCUACCUUUUCAGCGACACUCUCACUUCCCCUCAGCUCUCUUGCGUCUACAAGCUAGGCCCUGGCUACAAUCACACGUUCCAACCCACGGAUGUAGCCCUCCUGCGUACACAGGUAGACAAUGCAAUUCUUGCACUCUUUGAUGGACCCGACUCGCUCAGCUCCCGUAUCGCUCUAAGCUUUAACGCACAAGCAUAUGCCGCCGGUCUGGUUCUUGACACCUCCCCUGCCUGGCUGCUGUCCCAGCAGCAGACUGCUAACAGCGCUGCCGCCGCAGCUGCUUUGGCCCGUGCGAGUGUCUCCCCUGUUCGUGUGUUUGACGCGGCAAUGCUUCCAGGAGUGCAGCGGUGCCAUCGGCAGCGGCUGCAGCAGGUGUUGAGCACAGUGGGUGGCGUUUCAGCCCUCUUGCCUCUCUUCACGCAGUUAGAUCUGCCAGUUGUGGGAAGUGAUAGCAGCAUGGGGGAGGGAAGGGUGGUCGAAGGGGAUGGGCAGUUGGCAGUGGAUAUUAUCAACCUGCUUACAGAGAUCCUGGCUGGGAGCACGGGGAGUCAGCAGGCGAUGCUGUCUAUUGGGGGGUUUUCUGUGAUCAACUUCUUGUUGCAGCAUGUCUCACCCACACAUCUGACAGCUAGUCUCGUGCUCACACUGGAGAACAUGGUGGACUCAUUCGCCGAAGAAAUUGAACAAAGCCUUCGGGAGCGCAUGGUUCGUGGUGUCAUCAUCUCUCUAUACAUGGACGCCUCUCUCUGGAUUUAUGCGCCAUACAUCGUGCAGCGGGAGCUCUUUGUAUCCCUCCAGCGCCACAUGGAGCGACGAUCGUGGCUCGUGCCCUCCGUCUGCUCCCUGCCCCGCCUCCUGGAUUUAGUUCGUCGGGUUUACUGGGACAAGCCGCAGGGCCGACACGCCAUCGGGGUGAAGCCCCUAGUAGAGCCUGUCACUCGACGUGUGCUCGGCACACGACCGCAUCCUCAGCAAGUAGGCAAGCUGCGGCUGCUGGUUCUGAGCCUGCUGCAGCACGUUCUGAAAGGCGGGUUCACAGAGGCAGAUGUGAAGGCGCUGGUGGUGUACAUGGAGGCGAGCAAGGACGCUGGGGCAGUGAAGGAUGUGCUGCAAACAAUCUUCGGGCUGAUUGCACAGCCCAACCUUGCCAAGUCAUUUCUGGAGCACAUAUCAGCACUAGCUGGACCGCAAAUAUUUGUUGGACUGCUUGCCAGGCCGCAGGAAGAGAUUCGCAUCCUCGCGCUGUGCCUCAUACUCACCCUGAUGAACGAAAUGAAGAAGCAGGCCCCAGCAGCCAAAGCUGGCACCAGGGGCGCAUCUGGUAGAGGAGGCUCAGGUCGAACUCGAGGCUCGGCACGGGCAGGAGGAUUAGGGAGGAAUUGGCUUGGGAUGCAGGAAGAGGAGGAGGAGGGGGAUGAGGACGAGCGUUGGGAUGAGGAGCAGGAGGAGAAGAUGCUUCUCGACCUUACAUGCCAGCAUCUGAUGCCUUACGGUCUCUCUCAUGGGCUUGAGACUCUGCUCUUUGAUCUUCUGCUUGGUGCAUCACCCACCGAUCACCGGUCGGUUCGCACGCACACACAUGAGGCCAUGGUUCACAAAAAGCUUCCGCCCAAAACCACUCAUGCCAUUCCUCCUCGCAUGCCUAUGCCAUCAGCGGGACAUGCAGCAGCACCAGCAGCAGCAGCAGCAGCAGCAGCAGCAGCAGAGGGAGCAACUCCAGCCUUUGGCAUGCCCCGCAGUGCCUCUGCCCCGCAUCCCCCUGAGCCUGAGCCACAAGGAGCAGCUAAAAGCAGAGCUGCGCAAGGAAGAGCUCAUGGAGAACGUGGAGACCAAUCAGCAGUCAGAGCAAUAGUGUCAGAUCCAUUGCCUGCAGCUCCAGCCGUAUCCACCUCCUUUAAUAACUUCACGUCUGGAGGCAAGCCCUCCCCCUGGGGCAUCCUUCCGCGCAGGGGCGGAGGAGAAGCAGGCAGCUCGCGCAAGUCAAUAGUGAAACCUGAGAUGCUAAGGCUGCUGCUGCCUCUUAUGGUUGGACAGCUGAGGCUGGCGGCUAGCUCGUCCGAAGCAGGUAGCAGAGGGGGUGUAGGCAGAAGCGGCUCAGGCAGCAGGCCAGGAAGUAGCAGCAGUGCUGCUGGGGAGGGUAGUUUGUCAGCACGCGGAGUGAAGGUGGUGGAGGAUACGCUGAAAAAGCUGGGUGAUUUAAUCUCCAACAGCAAAGCCAAUAGACUCAAGCUGCUGGAGCAACGGGGCUGGCAGCAGUGGUUGCUGGAUAUUGUGGUCACCGGUUUGGACCUUACAGCCCCAAGGAACUCUAGGUCAAAUGCCGAGCAUGCAGACAAAGGCAAAGACACGGCAGAGCAGCACACUCAGGGAAGGCCCCCAGUUCCAGGACCAGCAGGGGGAGGGAAGGACGCAGCGGAGGGUGAGGAAGGGCAGCCGCCACUGCCUCUUCAGCCUGGGGGAGGGUUGGAACUGGUGUGGGUGCAUGUGCGGCGCAUUUUCCUGGCGGCACACUCGUUUGCAGUGCAAAAGGUGCAGGGCGGGUGGAGGCAUGUGGCGGAAACUGUCAACGUACUGCGCAUCUAUGGUGAAAGGGGCAAGCUGCCAUACGCGGGUCUGCUGCGUGUGCUGCUGGGCGAGUUGCUGGGCGUGGUGCCGCUGCUGUGUUCCACGAGGGACCACCUGUUGGAGCAGCCCGUGCACGCCAACCUGCUCUACCUUUUCGUCCUCGUGCAAGAGCUCGUCAUCCGCGACUCUUGCUACAUCUUCCCUCCUCCGCACCUGCCAGCGGAGGAUUCAGGGAAGGCUGUAAAUCCUUCCAGGCGGAGUGCCACUGGUGAUGCUCUUGACAGGGGAAGAGAUGGCAAUAGUGCUGCUGGCGAUGGUGGCAUUGAGGACGUGGAAAGGCAGAGCGGGGAAGGGAGUCGAGAAGAGGAUGCGGAAGCAAGAGGAACAGGCGAAGGCAGGCCAGGGGUGUGGAACACAGUGGAUCGGAGUGCUCUUUCCACUAUUUUCCAGAACAUGCUUCCUGAUGACGAUUUGGGCCCUGCUGCCGCCAGUGCAGAGCUCGCAUGCAGUAUCUUGGGCUCCAAGCUGGUUGAAAGCAAGUGGCGGGUGUACGAGCACUUCUGGACGGUCAUUACCAUCAUGCACAACAAGGCGGAGGCAGCAGAGGCCCUUGCAGCAGGCAUGCUCCAAUCUGACGAUGAUGACCCUGAAGCACUACACCUGCCGGUCCACCCAGCGUUCCUCCCACCUCCUCAGCCGCCCUCGCCUCCCCACCGCUCCUUCCUCCAGCCCAAACCCGAUUCCUCAGCUGCUUCUGCUGCCGUGCCGCACGGGAGUGGGAGACAUGGGAGCGACAAGGGGAGUGCGCGACAGGGGCUGUUGCGUAGCUUAACAGUCACAGCAGAGGCUGUGGAGACUGAGAGGCCAGCAGGCGAGGUGGCAUUGGAGGAGGUAGAGGAGCAGAUGCUGGACUUGGCUCGGCAGGGGUGUCCGUGGUUUGUGCUGCGCCUGGUGCUGAUCUACAUGUUCGAAGCUGAGCUGCCCGCGCUUCAUCGCUGCCUGAACCACUUCGUGGUGCUCCUGCCUGUCGUCUUCCCUAAUGACGAUGACAACCGCCUGCACAACCAGGCCCACCUCUUCCUCUGGGCGCUUCUCGAAGCUCGGGCGCUAGUGGGUGACAUGAAUGACGGGGCACGGGGCCACAUCAUAGCCCAGUGCACUCGUGACGUCUUCCUGGCGAUCAUGCCCAUCCUGGCGCGCUGCAUCGAUGAACGGGGCGGCCCUCCCGCGUACACCCCUGUGGACUUUUCUCUGAUGACAGGAGGCAUGCUGGAUGAUGAGGGGGAGGAGGGGGAGGAGGAGGAAGAUGAUGAGGAUUCGGACGAGGAAGUUUUUGCCUAUGGAAUGGGGAGUAGCAGCAGUGGCACAGGGCAUGGGGCAGCUGAAUCGUCUGGGCUGUCUGAGGCAGAGUCGCAGGGUGCGGCAGGAGAGGGGGAGCAGCAGAGGCAUCCUCUUUAUGAAGUGAUCCAUGCUGACAGAGUGCACAGUGCAGCGCGCACCGAGUGUGACCACGUCAUGUUCAUCGUGACCUCUCUCAACGACAGCUUGGUGGACAUCCAGCCUGACAUCGAAGCAUGGGAGGAGGCCCAGCAGGAGCGGCGGCAGGAGAUGGAGCAGCAGCGGCGGAGCGUGCUCGGCGGGAUGAUGGAGCAGGAAGCCAAGCGGCGUGCCGUUGCGACACUUGCAUACGCGGAGCAGCAGCAGAACGCCAAGGCAGCUUGGAACGCCCUGUACACAAGUGAUGCUGGUGGUUCAGUGGCAGGAGAUGCUUCGGCAUCUUUUGCGAAGAGCAGCAGCUACGACAUGGGGGAGGGAAUGAUGCGAGCGGGAUCAGUGGGAGGGGAUGUGCAGCAGCAGCAUGGGAGGGUGGUGUCGAAUGUGAACGUGGACCGGGACUUGAUGGAGGAGAUGGCGUUGCUGCAGCAGAGCAACGAGCAGAGCCAGUCAGGGCAGGGAGGGAAGAAGGGCGUGCAGGAAGGGGAGGUGGAGGGGACAGGUGUGGCAAGUGCUCGUGGUUUUCCAACAGAAGGCAUGCCAGGAGCAUUGGAGGAGAUCCCCUGCAUCCUCCUCACCACCAAGCGCAAGCUGGCGGGCCGUCUGCACAUCUCCCACACAGAGCUGCACUUUUACGUGGACUUUGCCAUGGACAGCACAGAAGACUUUCUUCUCUUCCACCCUGACGGCUCCCUCCACAACCCCCACUCCCUUUCCUCCUCUGGCUCCGUUUCCGGCGGAGAGAAAAUCCCUCCUAAGGAGCGAUGGAAGCGUGUGAUACAGAAACUGCUGUUUGUAGCUAGGUUCCAGCCGAACGAGAAGACUCUGGAGAAAGUGACUCUAAGGAUGCGCAAGCACACGGAUAUUCUGGACGACGUGAAGAUGCACCGAAUGUGGUCGCUCUCUGAGCUCGCUAGGAUCCGCAUGACACGCUACCUCCUCCGCCCAUCCGCCUUUGAGCUUGAUUUUUCCUCGUCGCAGCCCCCUGCCUUCUUCUCCUUCUCCUCGCCUCAGCUAGCUGACAAGGUCGCCCACCGUAUCCUGGCUAUCGCCAACCGCGGGACCGCGGCUCGCAGCAGCAAGCUGGUUGACUUUGUGGACAGGAAGAGAGGGCAGGAACUGGCAGAGAAAGCGAGGUCCCAAUGGAGCAAGCGGAAAAUCUCCACCUUUGAUUACCUCAUGAUCCUUAACACCCUUGCUGGGCGCACGUACAACGACCUCAUGCAGUACCCUAUUUUUCCAUGGGUUAUUGCGGAUCAUACCUCGGCCAAGCUGGAUUUGUCAAAUGGAGAGACGUUCCGAGAUUUGAGCAAGCCGGUUGGGGCACUGAACCCCAAGAGACUAGAGGGUGUGUUUUAUCCGCUGACUAUCUCUGUCCAUUCUUCCCUUCAUCUGCUGCUUUUUGCUUCCACUCGCCUGCCACAGCUGUUCAAGGAGCGAUAUGACAGCAUGGAUACCGACAUUCCAGGCUUCCUGUACGGAUCGCAUUACUCCUCUGCUGGCGUCGUGCUCUACUUCCUCAUCCGCAUGGAGCCCUUCGCCACGCUCCACCGGCUGCUGCAGGCGGAUCGUUUGUUUGACAGCGUGGCGUCGGCGUGGGACAACUGUCAGAGCAACACGAGCGAUGUGAAGGAGCUGCUGCCAGAGUUCUUCUACCAGCCGGAGUUUCUGCGCAACAACUGCUGCUUCGACCUGGGCCUCAGGCAGGACGGGCAGGCGCUUGACGGCGUCAUCCUGCCUCCCUGGGCCAAGGUGCGUGCGUCUCUUGUCUCGUGCCUCUUGGGACUAGCUGUACUCCGUCCUCCCACGAGCGACGUGAAGGAGCUACUGCCAGAGUUCUUCUAUCAGCCGGAGUUUCUGCGCAACAACUGCUGCUUCGACCUGGGCCUCAGGCAGGACGGGCAGGCGCUUGACGGCGUCAUCCUGCCUCCCUGGGCCAAGGGCUCCCCAGAGGAGUUUGUGCGCCUGCAGCGAGAGGCCCUGGAGAGCGAGCACGUGAGCGAGAGGCUGCACCACUGGAUCGACCUUGUGUUUGGCUACAAGCAACGGGGGGAGGCGGCUGUUCAGGCGGACAACGUGUUCUACUACCUCACCUACGAGGGCGCUGUGGACAUUGAUGCAAUCACCGACCAGACCAGGCGCACAGCCAUCGAGCAGCAGAUCGCAGCCUUCGGCCAGACCCCCAUCCAGCUCUUCACACGCCCCCACCCCGAGCGCGGCCCGCCUGUCCAAAUCACCCGCCCGCUCCGCUUCUUCCCCUCCUCCAUCUCCCUCUCCGCAAUCAUCCCAGCUCCGCCCACCCCGGCUGUUCCCUCCCCUGUGAUUCCCGCAUUCGGUGGGGGCGUGGGGAAUCCUGGGGGGAGGACGAGGGGGGGGAAGGGGAGGUCGGAGGAUGAUAUGGCUGUGGUGUUUAUGGAGGUGGUGGGGCGCACGGUAGUGAGUGUGACGAGGGGGCAGGUGCUGACAGUGCGCUCGUGGAAUGCACCAAAGAAGCGCGUGAAAGUGGGAAUGGACUAUAGCAUCAGCUUGGGUGACCCAAGCCGAGUGUGCAGGAUUGGAGCGCCUCUCUCUGCUCCCGGAGCUAGCAGCCACGGCGACUGCUUCGGGGUCGUACCAGGAGCCACCUCAGCAUUCCUCUUCUCUGGGGGCCACUGGGACAAUGCCAUUCGCAGCACGUCCGUAGACGAUGCUGCCACUGUUCAGGCGUUGCAGCAGCACAGUGACCUCGUCACUUGCCUUUCAGUGUCCAAUGACGGUAACUGGCUCGCCACAGGCAGCCGAGACACAACAGUCAUGAUCUGGCGCAUCGACCACCUGGGAGCGCACACACAUGCUCAAGGUGACCCCUUCAUAUCCUCCAAGCCCCGCGCAGUGCUCUGCUCCCACGACGACGCUGUCACCGCUGUCAUCGCCUCCUCCGAGCUAGAUCUGAUUCUCUCCGCCUCUCUGGAUGGCUCCCUCGUCUUUUCCAAUCUCCGCACCGCCCGGUUCCUGCGGUCGCUGCAACACCCCAACGACUGCGCAAACGAGGCGCUGCGCAUCGCCCUCUCCGCGCCUCUCGCUCGCGUUGCAGUCUACUCCGACGCCGCCCGCAUGCUCCACGUGUGCUCCAUCAACGGGGGGUGGCUGGAACAUGCACUAGUGGACGAACCGAUCACGCAUCUGACCUUGUCUCGUUGUGGAGAGUUCCUCGUCACGGCGUGCAGCGCAGGGUGGGACACUGGAGGGGCGGGCGGUGGAAGAGGGGGGGGUGGCAGUGGUCGGGGGGGGGGAGGAUCAGAAGCGGGGAUGGUAGUGGUGAGAUCCAUGCACACGCUUGAGCCACUGCUGCUUUUUGAUGGGGUGGGGUCGCCAGCAGCAUCGAUCACAACGACUGAGGAGGACGCCAUUCUUGUGGGCCUUGAGGAUGGCAGGAUGCUGCUGUAUGCUCUCAAGCUCUCCUCGCAUUAG